AUGUUUCGUAAACUGAGAUACUGUUUUGUCUGUUUCAUAUCGAAAAUUCAUAGAGGAAAGUUUAGAACCAUUAUUGUGGCAUUGGCUGCCUUGGUAACAACCAUCGUUUGUGGUACUCUAAUAAGAUUCCCUUCCGAUGCUCCAAUUCCCCGUCAGUCUGGACCAAGCCACGAUUGUAAAAUUUGGAAACAAUCUCCACGGCAUAAAACGACUUUGAUAACAACGAAAUCAUGUUCAAGAAACUAUUUUCUUCUCAUCUUAGUGUCAUCUGCACCUGCAAACCAAGGUAGAAGAAAUCUAAUUCGUCAAACAUGGGGCACUGAUAAUAACGUGUCUCCAAUGUGGAAGACAUACUUUCUUAUUGCGAAAACAGAGGAUCAAACACAUUCACGUUUUGUCGAUAAGGAAGACGAUGUUUAUGGAGACUUGAUUCGCGCGGACUAUUACGAGAAUUACUGGAGACAGAGUUUUAAGAUUAUGAUGGCCUUUGAGUGGGCAUCGCGAUAUUGCAAUUUUUCUUACAUUUUGAAAGCAGACGACGAUAUCCUGGUUAAUACCGAUGAUUUAAUUCAUUUUUUGCAAAAGGAAUCAACUCCAGAAAAGAGACUUUUCCUGGGACGAAUUCAUCAUAAUCCUCGUGUACGUCGAGACGGUAAAUGGAAAGUCAGCUACGAAGAGUACAACCACACUCACUAUCCAGAUUUCUGUAGUGGGGCUGGCUUUGUUAUGACCUAUGACGUUAUCGAGUGCAUUGUUCCCCUGUUUGAUGUAAUUAAGCCGUAUAGGAUGGACGAUGUUUAUGUAGGAAUGCUUGCUCAUGCCAUUGGUGUGAUAGCAGUGGGUCAUAGAGGGUUCUUUAUGCCGAUUGAUGAUUAUGACGACUGUAAUUUUGUCCCAAACGUUCUUCUGCAGCACCGCGCGACUGGACAGUGUUUAAUCAAACUUCAUCAUAUUCAUAAGAACGUCAAAGAUUUCCUUUUUAAUAGAAAACUGGGAUCUUAUUUUUAA